AUGAGUGACACCAACAACAAUAACAACAACAACAAUAAUAGUAGUAGUUCAAACUUAGAUAACCUUUCGACUGCGGCCACAUCAAUACCAACAUCAACAACAUCAACAUCGACAGUUGGUAAUGUAGAUUAUGGAGGUGGGGAGAGGGAUGGUGGAGUUCAGUCGUCUGCAGUGAUCUCUGAUGAGAAAGAGUCAAAGAAGCAACAGAUGUGGUUCCAUGAGAUCACAGAGAAGCUGCAACUACAAAGCCAACUGAAUGACUCCCUGAAGGAGAAGAACCUUCAACUCUUACAACAACAUGAUCACUCAGAGAUAAGAAUCGAGUCAAUGAGACAAGAACUAGAUGCCAAGAAUACACAGAUACAAUCAUUAGACAAUAGGUUUAAGGAGUUAAAGAAGUUGUACGCUCAGAAGGAGGAAGAGACAAAGAGAUUGAGGUUCAUGAAUGAUGAGUUAUUAGAGUGGAAAGAGACACACAAGAUCAAUGAGGAUGAUUAUAUCCGAAUGAAGGAGGUACUGCGCGCCAAGGAUGCCAACAUAGACUCACUGACCAUUCAACUAGAGCACGCUGUCAAUAGGAAUGCUAUGCUAUCAGAGAGCUUGAGAGAGAUUGGCGAGAGGACAAGUAUAUUCGAUAGGGAUGAAAGCUUCAACAUUAGUAGUGCCAGCAAACAGUUGCUGGACUACCAAAAGAUGUUGGCCUACCACAAGAUCAAGUCAAUCGAGGAGAAGUAUGCCACAAUCAAGAAUAUCAAUCUUGGCUAUCAAAAAGCAAUACAAGAGUUGUCUUUGGAGAAUGGCAAGUACAAGUAUACACUGGAAGCAUUGAUAAAGAAUCAGAAUAGGAAGAAUGAUUGA